UCAUUGAAGUGUGAGAAGGAGGUUUUAAGGCAGAUAGACAACAUCCUGUUGUUGGGGAGCUCCUCUCUCUUUUUCUGCACAUCUGGCUGAACUGGGAGUCAGGUGGCUGACUUGCGCCCGGCUUGCAGCAGCGGUCGUGACAUCUGCCUUGCACCGUCCGUCGCCUCAGCGGCCCGAGAGUCCCCCAGGCCAUGGACGCGGUGGCUGUGUACCACGGCAAAAUCAGCCGGGAGACGGGGGAGAAGCUCCUGCUGGCCACGGGUCUGGACGGCAGCUAUCUGCUGAGGGACAGCGAGAGUGUCCCGGGCGUGUACUGCCUGUGUGUGCUCCAUGCAUGUGGUAACUCUCGGGUCAUGCUAAAUACAUUGAUUCUACAGGCUUCAAGAGAAAUACGUGGAAGCAGGUAUCAAGGUUACAUUUAUACAUACCGAGUGUCCCAGACAGAAACAGGUUCUUGGAGUGCUGAGACGGCCCCCGGGGUCCAUAAAAGAUUUUUCCGGAAAAUAAAAAAUCUCAUUUCAGCAUUUCAGAAGCCAGAUCAAGGUAUUGUAAUACCUCUGCAGUAUCCAGUUGAGAAGAAGUGCUCAGUUAGAAGCGCACAAGGUACUGCAGGGAGAAGAGAAGAUCCUGAUGUCUUCCUGAAAGCACCAUGAAGGAAAAUAAAAUACCUUUACUUUAUUUUCUAUAAUUUAAAUAUACGCUAAGUCUUAUAUAUUGUAGAUAAUACAGUUCAGUGAGUUACAAAUGUAUUUCUAAAACCAUCAUCGUCCUGUAAUGGAAGUAUCUAGCAUGAUGUAAAAGCUGAAAUGGACUUUGCCGAUAAUGAGGAGCUUUGAAAUGAGGACUGGGAAAAAAAAGAAUUCCACAGGUUAUUUUCAGUUGUAUUUACGAACGGGAAAUGAUUCAAAACACAGUGAUACCUUAUAAAAGAUUAAUGUCAAUUCUUGCCAAAUACAAAUAAAAAUAACCCUCAGUUUUUCUCAAAAGCACCAUUUUUAGUGAAAUAUUAUUUGACAGCUACUGAUUCUAAGAUGUCUUGCUUGAUUAGAUGUCAGGAAGCUGGUUCGUGUCCCUUGUCUUUGUCGUGCGUGGUUCUAAUUAGGUAUUAUGCUCUCCACUAGUUAUGGUGGUGAAGACCCUUAUGGGGAAUUUCUGAAGUUGUGCACUGUGUGUUAAAACAAGUACUAGAUAAAGAGUGAAGAAUUUCUGUUUAAUUCUGAAAGCAACCUUCUUGCCUAGUGUUCUGAUAUUGGAUAGUAGAAUCCACAGACCAAUCUGGAGUUUAAAAAUCCCAUAAUUUAAAAUAUGCCCUAAACGUUUGUUAUAAUUGAAAUUACAUUACAAAUCCAAUGAAAUACACUUUUUUUUUUUUUUUUUUUUUUACCAUCUACCUCUGCCCCGGUUGUUGCUACUCUGUGUAAAACCUAAUUUUGAGAGGAAGCUUCGGCAUCUGGGCUCAUGAGUAGCUGAUUUACAAGUGGUCUCCCUAUUAGCCCCACCAGAGCAUUGGAAACCUUAUGGUUAUGUUAUUUCUCAACAGUUCCAAGUGAUGGCAACCUGAGAGCCAAGAUUUUACACAGUGACAGAUAUUUAUAUUUUUUUGGCCACAUUUAUAUUUUCAUGACUUUUGUGAUUUGAUUAUAUAUCAAGCUGUUUCAGGGCUCCUGGAAUUCAUUCACUCAACAAACAGAAUAGGCACUGAGGUAGAGAAGUAAAAACCCCCAGUCCCUGUGCUUAGGCAGUGCACUGUCUAGUUGGACAAGAAAACAAUAACGAUUUUAAAAAGUAACACGAAAAGACAAAAAAAAAAGACAAUGAAAAGUGAUAAGCACAUGGUAAGUGAGGUUCCCAAUGUGCAGGUAGAUCUGUUGUUAGAGGCCAAAUGAGUCAACAUAAAUACUCUGGUCCAUGGUCUGUAGGAAAAUGCUAAAUUCUAUUGUAAACUAAUAAAUCGGAAUUCUGGCUUUUACAUGAGUGGGGGUGAGCUUGAUGAACUGCCGAGAGACAGAGCUACUCUCCGUGCAUUGGCAAGAUCUGGCUUCUGAGCAUUUAGCAUGGAUGCAGUGGGAGUGCAAAGGUGGAGGUUGGCCGUGAUCAUGUAUUGUGGGCAAUUUACCAUUUCUAGAAAUAAAAGGAUCACUUUAACUUGUAAAGGAAUUCGGAAAGCUGACUUUCAAAACCAAAUGUGUAUGUUUAGAUAAUUUUUCCUUAUUUGUGGCUUGGGUUUAAAUUUUAAUAGGCAUAACUAAUUUUUACUCUCUCUAACUUGUUCAUUCUGGAAUAAUCCUAAAUAUAUGAAUUAUGUUUGCAUGUUUCUUUACCAGAGUCUUUUUUGAAAAAGCCUUUUUGAAUCAUGAAUGGUCUUUCAUAUUUUAAUAAAGUAUUUGAAAGCUUUA